GACACAGCGUGGGGGCGAGGGCGAAGAUAACUGGGAAGGACGUGGGAGGAGUGGGCUUUUGCGGGGCAGGUGCCGGGAAAAUCCUGCGUCCCGCGUCAGUGGCCUUACCCUUGAGAACUCGCUCCUAAAGGGGUUUGUACCUCCGGGAAACCAUGGAGCAGCAGGUGCACAGUUGUCUUGGGGGCGGGAGAUGAAAUUUUUAAAAAGGGUCGAGAGCAAACUCUCGACCAUCGCCAGGUAUAAAUGUUAACACGAAAUUUUGCGUGUUGGGGAAAGGUUUUAAAGGAGUCAGCUAACCAGGCAAGGCCCUCUGCAAAAGGAAACUCGAAUCUCUUAUAAAGAGCGGAUUUCUUCUUCUCAGCUUGCCUUAUCAAUCAGUCAACCUUACAUUAUUUGGCGUCCCUGUAGUUCUAGAAGACGAACCUCUAUUUACUCUCGAGUGGGGUCAGCCGCACUCGUCCUGUCUCCAGUCCAACGUAAGUGUGUGUCUUGCCUCCAUCCUCUGCUGUACAGCUGAGUCCUAAGACUCCCUCUCACUCUUGUAAACACUGUGUGCCCACGAACCGAUCGGAGAAUGCUUGCGCUUCAGAUACAGGAGAAGGGGGAGGAAAGGAAGAGGAAAAGGGGAAGAAAUCGCACGCCCUAAGUGCAACCUUUUUUACGCAAAACAUCAGUUCUUUCUGUAUCCCGUUUCAGCCAGGCGAUGGAUGGAAAGUUCCGACGGCGGUGCUCCGUUCUGGACCCUGUCCUUAAGUUGCCUGCCUUCCUGGGGCCGGUGGUGGCCCUUCCAGGCAGCUCUCUGGGCCCAAGGACUGUCAUACUCCAAGACAGUCGGCUUCCCAAGACGCUGAUUUGGCUGGAGUGCUGAAAUCUGCCCCAGCAGUCACUGGCCGGCGGACUUCCCGGUGCUCCCGUUCGGGCAUCAUGGUUAAUAUUAACCUCCACUAUCAGGCUCCCCGGGUUUGGACGAAAGAGCCUGCGGGGCGCCGCUUUUCGGACUUCCCUCCGGCUGGAGAGAUGUCCGCACUCUGGGGGUUGGGAAGCAAGUCCACCCCCAGCCGAGGCGGACGUGAACGGAGGAGAGGCCUUCCUGGAGGCGGCGGCGCGGCGCCGGGCUCUGGCGGUACCCGCCUGGCCACCGGAACCGGCUCCCCCGCCCCCACUCCUAACCGCAGGCGGCCGCGGGGUCGAGUACUUGACCUUCCCCCCCCCCCCCCCCCCCGCCCCGAGCAGGGCAUCCCCGCGGGCCGGCCGCUGCGGUCCCCCAUAAGCGGGCGGCCACUGGCCCGACUGCCAGGGGGCGGGACGCGCCCCCAGCCGCCCACGCGGGACUCGUCUGAUGCAGGAUCCGGCCUUCUGCACCGUGUGCGGGUGCCUCGGGGCCGUCCGGCGACCCCUACACCCUCGCGACUCCGCGGGGCCCCCUCCGGCCACAGGCACCCGGGCUUGGCCCCCCCAAGCCCCGGGCCUGGCCGCGUGGAGCCUGGCCGCUUGGAGCCUCGCGGCGCCCGCCAGCGCCCCCUAGCGCCCCGCGCGCGUCCCAUGGCGGGAAGCCCUCCCUGCGCACCGGCCGCGGCUGCCCGGCCUCCUCCCGAGGCGCUGCCCUGCCCCGACGGCGCGCACCGACCCAGCCGCGGCCUCCCGCGGGGCCGCUCGGGCGCGGGCUCGAGUCCUCGCCUCUGUCCCCCGGCGUCCGUUGCCAGUGCACGGAGCGUUGCCGCAGCCGCCACAACGCGCGAAACGUUCCUGGCUUUCUCACAACCGACGUUUGAGCGAGAACAACGUUGAACGUUGUUAGCAUCCCAAAGGCGAGGCACCGGGCGCCUGGGUGGCUCGGUCGAUUGGGCGGCCGACCUCGGCUCCGGCUCAGGUCUAGAUCUCAAGGUGUGUGAGUUCGAGCCCGGCGCCGGGCUCUGUGCUGACAGCUCGGAGCCUGGAGGCCUGCUUCGGAUUCUGUGCCUCCCUCUCCCGCUGACCCUCCCCAUGGUGGCUCUCUGUCUCUCCCUCUCUCUCUCUCAAAAGUGAAUAAACAUUAAAAGAAAGGAGAUGUGCCCUGCUUAACGUAUAUAAAACCCACCCUUUCCCAUUUUCUGUAUAUGCACU